AUGAGCAGCGCAACGAGACCCGACGAUAAGGCCGUCGAUAUUCCGCAGAGGCUGUACGAUGCCGCCUCCAAACGGACUUACGAAAGGAUGCGAUUUUUCGGAAAGGGUGGCUUUGCCAAGUGCUAUGAGAUCGUGGAUGUGGCCACGAAGGAAGUGUUCGCCGGCAAGAUAGUUUCAAAGAAGCUGAUGAUGAAGCACAACCAGAAGGAGAAAAUGACGCAAGAAAUCACGAUCCACCGAUCGUUGAACCAUAAUAACAUCGUCGGCUUUCACAGCUUUUUUGACGAUCCUUUGAACAUUUACAUCGUGCUGGAACUGUGCAAGAAACGGUCGAUGAUGGAGCUGCACAAACGGCGUAAAAACAUCACAGACUACGAGUGCCGCUACUAUAUGCACCAGGUGAUGACGGGCGUCGAGUAUCUGCACGACAGGCACAUCAUCCACCGGGAUCUGAAGCUUGGUAACUUGUUUCUGAACGACGACCUGCACGUCAAGAUCGGUGAUUUUGGGCUGGCCACAAAGAUCGAGUUUGAGGGUGAGCGCAAGAAGACGCUCUGCGGCACGCCGAACUACAUUGCACCCGAGAUACUGAACAAAAAGGGGCACAGCUACGAGGUGGACAUCUGGUCGAUAGGCUGCGUGAUGUACACGCUGCUCGUUGGACAGCCACCGUUCGAGACGAAGAGCCUAAAAGAUACCUACAACCGCAUCCGGAAGUGUGACUAUCGGUUGCCGCCUACACUGCGCACCAGUGCGGCGGAAAUGAUCUGUGCCAUGCUGCAGUCGGAUCCGAUCAAGCGGCCACGCAUUCACAAGCUGUUCGAAUUCGAGUAUCUUGUCACCGGCGUGAUCCCCCCGUCGUUGCCGAUUUCGUGUCUUACUAUGGCCCCGCGAGCCGAUCAACUGGAGCCGCUGGAGCGUCCCUACCGUAAGCCACUUUCCGAGAUGAAUGCCGGUGAUGAUACACGGUUCGAUAACUCGUUCCUGAAGAACAAUCUCCACGAUCCCAUCACGGCAAGCGGUAUGAUUUCGCGCCACAACGACACGUACCGAGCGGACAUCGAAUUGCUGCACCGCGAGCUGACCAAGCUGUUCCACGCCAAACCGCCACGGUUGGCAAACAAUUUGGACGACGAGAACACGGAUCCGGCGGUUCAGCCACUCUUUUGGGUUUCGAAAUGGGUCGACUACAGCGACAAGUACGGGUUCGGGUACCAGUUGUGCGACGAAGGCAUGGGCGUGAUGUUUAACGACACUACCAAGCUGAUUAUGCUCGCCAAUGGACACAAUGUCCACUUCAUCGAUAAAGAGGGCCAGGAAACCUACUGGGCCGUGAACGACUUCCCGCAGCACCUGGAGAAGAAGAUGAAACUACUAACGUAUUUCAAGCGCUACAUGAUGGAGCAUCUGGUGAAGGCGGGUGCCGGAGCGGUCAUUGCCGAGGGCGAUCAAUUAUCGCGUAUCCCGCACAUGCACACCUGGUUCCGUACGAUGUGUGCUGUCGUUAUGCAUCUCACCAACGGCACUGUGCAACUUAACUUCUCUGACCACCAGAAGAUUAUACUUUGCCCGCGGAUGCGUGCGGUCACGCUAAUGGACAACAACAAAAACUUCCGCACGUACCGCUUCCAAACGAUAAUCGAACAGGGUUGUUCGAAUGAUCUGUACACGAAGAUCCGGUACGCUCAUGAGAAAAUCAAGAAGCUGUUGGAGAAACUGGCAUAGAAAACAGGGCUCCUACAGGUCGGUCUGAGAAACGAGUCCAGCACGGCGAUGCGGCGAAGAAUUGAGGAAUCACCUUUGAGAAAUCUAUGCUCCCGGGCACUCCGACGUGCCGAAUCGGUAAACACUCAAACCGCAACAUUUAACAAUCAUUCUCCACUGUGUGGGAAACAACAUGAGGUGGUACAAUCAUAUUCUAUUCUUCUGUUUAGUUUUAUGUUAUAAUUUC